AAGAGACGACACAGACCGCUUUGCUACAGAUCGCUUGGGUGACAACGACGCUGUUGUUGCCUUACGGGAGAACACAAGCUGCAACUCUCAAGACAAUGACUAUGGAAACAGAAAACCAAGAGGGAGAAAAAGAAGCAUUGAUUGCGAAUACCAAUAUCGUAACGCACUGCAUCUACAAAAACGAUCUGGCGAGACUUAUUAAAAGUUUUGAAGACGAAACAGAUCCUUAUAAGGAAACCAUUGCUGAACUAAUCAAUGAGAGAGACGACAAUGGAAAGCUACCUUUAGAUCUCGCUGCCUGCCUCGGACGACUAGAAAUCUGUCGUGAACUACUUAAACGUGGAGCAAACAUCGCAAGCAUUUCAGAGAAUGGUUACAGUCCUUUGCAUUAUGCAGCUGCAUGGGGUCACAGUGAAGUUCUCAAACUUCUAGUUACUGCUGGUGCAAAUGUCCAGCAGAAGAAUGUUCAUGGAGAAUGCCCACGAAACACUGCUGCACGUUAUAACAAAAAAGAAUGUGUGAAUUUUCUUGACUGGGCAGGGGCAAGGACAUCGCUACUUCAAUUCAUCAAACACUGUCAGGAUUUUGUUACUGAUGCUGACAAAGGACCUGGGCGUCUUACUAAAGAUGAAAAGCAACUGAUUGUGUUGUCCUGCAAAGAGAAGACUGAAUGGCUUGAAGUCACCAGCAGUCCAACCACAGAAGAGCUCCUGUCUCAUAAGAAAGCUUUGGAAAACAUCGUGGCACCAAUAUUUCUAAAACUUUCACAGUCUUAGUUUUGUUGCUGUCCUUUGUGUUUUUAUCUUAAAAAGGAACUUGUACACAGACAUUCAGACACUGGUGUAUGCAGGUUACUAGUGUUGCCUCCUUUGAGUUCCUGGCAGAAUCAAAUAUUUUUAGCCACAUCUCCACCUGUUUUAUAUUCAAUUCCUCACCUCUUACUAUAAAUGACAUCUUAAAAAUGCUCACACAUCACAAAUAUGCACCAUGCAUUGCUUUUGCAGAAUAUUUUUUCUGAAGGUUAAAGACUGCAGUAGUGCCUUGUCUAGUGAGAGAUAUUUGUAGUUUUCUUCUACAUGUCUGAAUCCAAGCAUUAAACCAUUCCCCCACAACCAGCCAUUAAAAUUCUUGAAAAUUG